GAGAUUUUGCUGGUUCCGCAUUUCGGGUCGGCAAGGUGGGGGUGGCGAGCGUAGCAGCUAGCACCGGCAAGACCCCCGGCUCGGAGCAGCGGCGCUCGGUGUUUCCGCUGGCGGAGAGCUGAGGGCUGUCCGCUUCCUCGUGGUUCCCGCGCGGGUUACGAGUCCAGACCGCGGCGGGGGCCAACGGCCCCUCCCCUCCGAGGAUAGAAGAUGAGCUUCCUCUUCAGCAGCCGCUCUUCCAAAACGUUCAAACCAAAGAAGAAUAUCCCUGAGGGCUCUCAUCAGUAUGAACUCUUAAAACAUGCAGAAGCAACUCUGGGAAGUGGGAAUCUGAGACAAGCUGUUAUGUUACCAGAGGGAGAGGACCUCAAUGAAUGGAUUGCUGUUAACACUGUGGAUUUUUUCAACCAGAUCAACAUGUUAUAUGGGACUAUUACAGAAUUCUGCACUGAAGCAAGCUGUCCAGUCAUGUCUGCAGGUCCAAGAUAUGAAUAUCAUUGGGCAGAUGGUACCAAUAUUAAAAAGCCAAUCAAGUGUUCUGCUCCAAAAUACAUUGACUAUUUGAUGACUUGGGUUCAGGAUCAGCUUGAUGAUGAAACUCUUUUUCCUUCCAAGAUUGGUGUCCCGUUUCCCAAAAACUUUAUGUCUGUGGCGAAGACCAUUCUAAAGCGUCUGUUCCGGGUUUAUGCCCAUAUUUAUCACCAGCACUUUGAUUCUGUGAUGCAGCUGCAAGAGGAGGCCCACCUCAACACCUCCUUUAAGCACUUUAUCUUCUUUGUUCAGGAGUUUAAUCUGAUUGAUAGGCGUGAGUUGGCACCUCUUCAGGAAUUAAUUGAGAAGCUUGGAUCGAAAGACAGAUAAAUGUUUCUUCUAGAACACAGUUACCCUCUUGCUUCAUCUGCUAGAACUCUCUCAUUGCUCUCUGUUAUAGACUAGUGAUACAGACUUUAAAAGAACAGGAUUAAAAAGACACCUGUUGUUUGUGUCUACUGAUAAAAUUGUCCCAAAGGUAGGUUGGCCUAAUCCUUCAGUGAGAAAUUCAAGACACAGCUGAAUCUGAGGCACUGUGUGACCACUCCUGUUAUUGUCAGAGUCAUACUUGGUUGUAAUAUGUGAUGACUAACAUAAAGUCUAUUAGUUUACUUACGCUUUUACUGAAGAAAAUGUGCUUCGGGUAGCAGCAUAAUGACUAUUGAGAAUUCCCACCAAUAAUUUAUUAACAGGUUUCCAGAGCAAAUUACCUAAUAAUGCAUUCAGAUCUGUUUUAUUCUGCUUUUAUUUACACAUAGAAGAGAUAUUUUUAAGUUUCCUUAAGAUUUAGAACAUUUGUGUGUUACUUUGGAUAACCUUUUAGUUUGAAGUUUGUAUGUUAGUGUUUUUAUAGAUAAGAAUAUAUAUAUAUAUAUAUAUAUGUUUAUUUUUUCAAAAUUCAUGAUUGCAUUUUAAAUCCUCAUAUGACCUGUGUGGUUGGUAUGGGAGUAACCAGAGUUAUUUCUAAAAUGACUUUAUUUUUUAAUCUUUAUUUGGGAUUUUAUUCACAUAAACCUAUCUAAAUUUUUAGGAGUGUGUAUAUCACAAAUAAUUUUCUUAAGGCAUGUAAGGGUAGUCUUUUACAUUUUUAUUUUGAAAUGCUUCAUUCAGAUUAAUUUGAAUAGGUAGCUUUUGGCUGAGAAAAAGACUGCAAAAAAUUACAACAAAUCUAGGUCUCAGAACCACUAUUUUCAUUCAUGUUGUUUUUCAGAGGCCUUGAAAUUCUGGAUAGGAGAAUGGAAGAAAGUACUCAGAGUACUUGAUUAUUUUCUUUUGAGUGUCCUUUAAAAAAAAAAAAAAAAGAAUUCUAUAUGUUUUUGUUGUGACUUGAGACUUAAUUAAGAGUAGUGUAGAAAUACUUAAUCUUUAUCCCAAUAAGGAUAAAACUUAAGGAAGACCAUAAUAAAAAACCUUGAAGGUGUACACAUCUUAUUUUAUAACACAGCUUAGUUUGGUGUGCUGUGUGUGUGUGUGUGUGUGUGUGUGUUGAAGGGAAACAAAAUGGGAAGAAUAAGUAAAAAAUCUUACUUCAUUCUGUUCGUAGUCCAAGGAUGGAUUGAGUCCCCAUAGGUUUAAUCCUGUUUUAAUUGUUUUUGUAUCAAAACUUGAAAUUCUUCUAUUGGGAUAAAAAGAAUCUUCCCCUUUAGUGAAAUAAAAGCCGUUAGGUUUCUAGGAUGUAGUAAACUCCAGCUGCCUGUUGAGAAUGUACCGGGCACGGGUAUACUAAAGACUGCCAGACUGGCGCUGCUUUAAGUUUGUCUGCAUUCUGGGUUUCAGAGCCGUGAUUUUUGCAGAGUACUCACCAACUCCCUUGAUGGUUUUGAUAAAACGUUAGAUUUGUUAGGGUUUUUUUUUUUUUUUUUGCUGUUAUUUAUUUUUAUUGUCCUACUAAAGUAUGAAGAAUUGCUUAGCUACUCCAUUUUUAUAGUAAUU